UUAUUCAUUUUUUUUAUGGCCCAACAAAUGAGACUGCAGGGGUGGAGGUGCCUGCAGGCCAUUUCAGUGGGGGUCAUGAAAAGAAGAGUUGGGGGGGACACAGAAGGGGAGACGAGGAUGAGAAGACGUCUGCCUGAGCUUAGGGACACCCCGGGACAGCAGCUUGGCGAGAGGCUGCCGCCACCUGACAGUUGCCGCGGGGUGUUCACUCUGAAGCCUAAUGAUGUGCAUGCAGGAAACCUCUUGCCAGGGCGGCCGGUUGUGGCUCUGGCUGGGCUGGGCUGGGCGAGGCUGGGCCCGGAGGGACGGAGGAGGCAACCCGGGAGGGUGGGGGGGGGGGUACCGGCACCGGGGGGCGGGGCCUGGAGGGGCGUGGCCUGGAGGGGCGUGGCCGGGGCGGGCGCGGCUCCGGGGCUGGCAGCGACGCGGAGCCGGACACCGGGGCCGCCGGCUGCAGCGAGGGGGGCCCGCCAGGAUGGGGGACGCCGCUAGAACCAGGCUGGGCCAGCGCUGAGGCAGGGGGGGUGCAGAGGAAGAGGAUGGAGAGGGGGGGGCAAAGGUGAAGGCAGCCCCCCCCCUCCCAAAAUAGCCCCCACCCCAUCGGGCCAUCGCCAUGGCGACGAAUUUUAACGACAUCAUCAAGCAAGGCUAUGUGAGGAUGAAGAGCAAGAAGCUAGGGAUCUACCGGCGGUGCUGGCUGGUCUUUCGGAAAUCCUCCAGCAAAGGGCCUCAGCGCCUGGAGAAGUACCCGGAUGAGAAGUCGGCGUGCCUGCGAGGGUGCCCCAAGGUCACCGAGAUCAGCAAUGUCAAGUGCAUCACCCGGCUGCCCAAGGAGACCAAGAGACAGGCCGUGGCCAUCGUCUUCACUGACGACUCCGCCCGGACCUUCACCUGUGAUUCGGAGCUGGAGGCGGAGGAGUGGUACAAGACACUGUCGGUGGAGUGCCUGGGCGCCCGCCUGAACGACAUCAGCCUGGGGGAGCCCGACCUGCUGGCACCCGGCGUGCAAUGCGAGCAGACGGACCGGUUCAACGUGUUCCUCCUCCCCUGCCCCAACCUGGACGUUUACGGCGAGUGCAAGCUGCAGAUCACCCACGAAAACAUCUACCUCUGGGACACGCACAACCCCCGGGUGAAGCUGGUCUCUUGGCCCCUCUGCUCCCUGCGCCGCUACGGGCGUGAUGCCACCCGCUUCACCUUCGAGGCCGGACGGAUGUGCGAUGCGGGGGAAGGUCUCUACACCUUCCAGACGCAGGAGGGCGAGCAGAUCUACCAGCGCGUGCACAGUGCCACGUUGGCCAUUGCCGAGCAGCACAAGAGGGUCCUGCUGGAGAUGGAGAAGAACGUCAGGCUGCUGAACAAGGGCACAGAGCACUUCUCCUACCCCUGCACCCCCACCACCAUGCUGCCCCGCAGCGCCUACUGGCACCACAUCACGGGCUCCCAGAACAUGGCCGAGUCCUCCAGCUACGCCGGGGAGGCGUACGUGGGCGCCCAGGCCAGCUCCGACACCGACCUCCUCAACAGGUUCAUCUUGCUGAAGCCAAAGUCCUCCAGGAGCGACAAGCCUGAAAGCAGGGAGCCCACAUCGUCCCCGUGAGCUGGCCAAGGGGGGACAACCAUGGCGGGGGGGGGGUGUCCCCUUUUUCUUCCCUGAGGGGUGGCAAGGAUGCAGGCAGCCAGCCCUCCGAGUCCCCAGGGAGACCGAGCCGGGGCAUCCCCCGUGCCGAGACCUCGGGGGAGCAGGCGCUGGCUCGCGCCCUGACAUCAGCGGAGGUAACGGCUGGCUCAGACUCGACUGACUUGAAAUAUAUAUUGAAUAGACGUAUUAUAAGAGAUUUUUCCCUUCUCACACAAAUGCAAAGUUCAUGACUGCCGAAUAGCCCUCGGGCAGAGACGCUCCGAGGUUUUUUGACUCUUGGGGUUCUAGCUGGGAGGUGGAGAAGAGGGGGGGGGGUGUGUGGGGUAUGUGUCAAGAAAUUCAGUGUGUUUUCUGUGAGGGAGGAUGUAGGCCGGAGCAACCCCUGCCGCGGGGGUGGAACAGCGCUGGAGGAUGCGGCUGUGCCCGGCUGAAGGUGCAAGGUCCCAGCAUCUCACCCCCCCCUCGCCGUGAAGAGCGGGGUGCUCCUGGAGAGGCCCCGCCCUCCCCCUGAGCUGAUUUUUGCACUUCUUGAAGCUAUUGAAACACUCGCUGUAGAACUGAGCUGUCUCAGGAGAAACUGGUUUUCCUUCCGGGGGGGGGGGCGAGCGGCUGGGCAGAGCUGAGCCCCCCCGGCUUUCCUGGGCACCCCAACACCUCUCACUCCUCCACCCGCAGCCACUCCCCCCCGUCUGUGCCCUUGGUCUAUCUGCUGGUGGGCAACCCAGGGACCAGUUUGGGCCAGUAGCAUCUGUCCCUCGAGGGGCAGCUUUGCAGAUCUAAGAAGUCCCUGGGCAGAGAAGCCCACGCCGAUGGGUGCAGCGCCGCAUCUCUCCAUGCAGUCCCGUCGUCCCCGCUCCCUCCUCGCCCACCCGUGCGGCCGGGCGCGAGCCCUUGCCCGGGGGGAGCUGGGCUUCACGUGCCGAACUCAAAAGCAAUUGAUUUUUUCUAAUUCAAUUUAUUGACCUCCUUUAGAAGGGCUAUCUUUUUAUUGCCGUGCAAACCUUGGUGUUUCUUUGGAGUCUUCUUUCAGUCUGAGUUGGGUGGUUGGUGGUUUUAUUUCUGCUCUUAAAGCUCCGGGCCUGGGCUUUGGGGACGGGGAGUGUCGUGAUGUGGGAACCUGUGGUCUGUAAAUACUCUGUCUUGGGUUGGUGUAGCUUGUGGCUGAGGCUGGGGGGACGGCAGGGCGGAGGAGGGCUGCUCCCCGCACCACGGCUGGGCACGGAGGGAUUCAAUAGCACCCCAGCACCGCGUCCUUCCCCGGGUGAGGUGUAACUCGCUCUCUUUUCCUGGCUAAACACCUCAUCUGGAAAAGGUUUAUUACCAAAAAUGUUUGGGUUUUCUUUUUUUUUAAGGAGUUGCUCAAUGAAUAAACAACCCUUAUCCACCCUU